AUGUCUCUUUGUCGUCCUCUUGUGGUGAAAACGCUUUUCUCUUACUCAGCUCUUGCGUUGCUUUACUUGUCUGUGCAGGGAAUCUGAGAACAAGUGAUUACCCACAAAACCACAACAAGAUAAAAAAUUAAUUACAAGAAAAACUCUGACAUGAAUCUGCCAGAACUUGAAACUCAGGCUUGACAUGUACCAACACCAUACGAUAGUGUGAGAACAAAACAAAAUACAACAGUGUGUGAAGAGGGGUGCGUCAAUUUGUACACAACAAUAUCACCAACAAUCAAGAAUCAAGGAUGUCAACAAGGAGUCCUGGUGAUGAGCAUUAAAAAACAAGACAGAUUUAUUGAUAAUAAUGAAAAUAAUCUAGAGGAAUUUAUUUGUAACAUUAUACCCCUUUAUUUCCACGAGGAUAGGUGGAAUAAUAGAAACAUUUCUCUUGUUCAACAGCGCCAAAAACUACAUCAGUUGAAUCAACACCUCUGACACAUAUUCAACAAAAACUGAACAAGCGUUUGCAGAUGACUUGGUGAUCGUCAGCCGUCUGCACAAUGAAGAACAGAGUCACGGCUCAGUAACAGGAGAAUCAGUUGGUGUGAAGUCUUUACGACAGCUAAUAUCUGAAACUUAAGCAGUCCAGUGAAUAACCUCAAAUAAAACUGCCCGAGGUGAAAAGAAAGGUUUAGGUCAACAAAAAUAGAAAAAUAAUUUAGAUUUUACAGUUAUAAAAUCUCCAGGGAUCAAGUCGUGGGUUAAAAAUUGAUCUUUUCUGUAGUAAUGGAUGUAAAUGAAGCCUUGAAAGUUGAUGCAACAAUUCAGGCGCCUCGACGUUUGUUGUUGACUUAUAAGCCCUCUGUCUAUAUAAAGGCAGUGCUGGAACAGACUGAGUGACUACACCCUCUGAAGCAAUAUUUGUGAAAUAUUAUAGGAAGUAGAGUUGUAUAUUUUAUAUCAGAAUGGUGAAGUAAAGGCAGUUAACAAAGGAGGACGGACCGGUUCGUCAGGGGUUCAUCCCACAGCAAGAUAACAACCGAAAACAUUCAGAGAGAAGAUCAAGACGGUGGCUGCACAUGAUGGAAGACAGUCUCCAGACUUAAACCCAGACUGGACUCUGCGUGACAGUAACGGCUUCAGAUUCUGUGAUGUCAUAAUGAAACACUCUAGAUUCUGAUCUCAAGGUCACAACAAGUUCAGAAUCCCGACACUUCACUACUGUCUGCAGAAGAACAAGCAUCUGAACUUAUCUACAGCCUCCACACAGCACAGUGAGAAAAUACUGACAUCAAAAAUGAGCGAGCAAGAGCGAGCUUCUGUUGCCACCUUCCGCCUGAAUUCUCAGAGAAAUGAAAUGGAAAAACGCAUGAGUGACAAGGCGUCUGCAGUCUUAACUGAAUUUCGCCUGGAGGAAAAACUAUGUGAUGUGGUGAUCAAGGUGGAUGACACUGAGUUCAGCGCCCACAAGAUCAUCCUCUGUAGCUGCAGCCGCUACUUCUGCACUCUUUUCACCGGCGCCUGGACAACCUCAAGGAAGCAGAUGUACACCAUCCCUGGGGUGUCACCUGAGAUGAUGCAGCUCAUCGUCGAUUAUGCCUACACCCACUCUGUUCCCGUGACAGAGGACAAUGUGGUGGAGGUUUUGGCAGCUGCAGACCAGUUGCUGGUCCCGGGGAUUGUUCAGGCCUGCUGCUUCUUCCUGGAGGACCAGCUGUGCCAGAGGAACUGCAUCGGCAUCUGGAGGCUGGUGAACUUCUACAACUGCCCAGAGCUGAAGCACAAGGUCUUCCUCUACAUCCUGCGCCACUUUGAGGAGAUAGUUUGUGUCUCACAGGAACUCCUGGAGCUCUCUGUGCAGGAGCUGGUUGCUAUCAUCGAAAAUGAUCAUCUCAAUGUGAAAGAAGAAAACACUGUGUUUGAGACUGUCCUCCGCUGGAUUAACCACCUGCCUGAACAAAGACAAAGCCUCAUCUCUGUGCUGCUACCCAAGGUGCGACUGGGCUUGAUGACCCUUGCCUACCUCCAGAACGUUGUGAUGGUCAACGCUGCGGUAACAAGCAGCAUCGAAUGUGUACCCAUCAUCGAUGAGGCAGUCACAGCAUGUUUUCUCUUCAGGGCCAAUAAACCCUCAAAAUCUGACUACAGAAACCUAUUGACUCGCCCACGCCUGCCUCCUGACAUUUUAUUGGCCACCGGAGGCAAUGAUUUCAACUGUACCAUGACCAACCUUGAGGCAUAUGAUGCCCGAACUAACAGCUGGGUCACUGUGAGGGUUGAGAUUUCUCGUUCUCACCACGGUGCUGCUGUUCUCAACAGCUUUGUGUACUUAAUUGGUGGCUGCCACCGUGACUCUUACUUGAAUACAGUGCAAAGGUUUGACUUUGUCACCUGCACGUUGCACCAGGUGGCAUCCAUGAACUACUGCCGCUGCUAUGUCAGCGUUGUUGUGCAGAGUGGCUGCAUUUAUGCCAUGGGAGGCUUCAGUGGACAUACUUACUAUAACACUGUUGAGUGCUACAAGCCCGAGACUAACCAGUGGACCAUCACAGCACCCAUGUGUCAAAAGAGGUGUGGGGCCAGUGCUACAACUCUAAAUGGCAAGGUGUACAUUUGCGGGGGUUUCAAUGGGCAUUGCAGCCUGUCCACGGCUGAAUGCUACAACCCAGACACCAACCUUUGGACACUGAUUGCACCCAUGAGGACCUGCCGAAGUGGCCUUGGGGUCGCUGCCUUCAGAGACAAUAUCUAUGCAGUUGGCGGCACCUGUAGUGGGAGCUACCACAUGCGCAGUGUUGAGGCCUACAACCCCCAAACCAACAGGUGGAGACCCAUGCCGUCCAUGAACACCAACCGCAGCUACUUUGGCAUCGAGGUGGUGAACGACCAGCUCUUUGUGGUCGGAGGACACAAAAGCUCCACUCUGUCAACUGUGGAGCGCUACAAUGCGGACACCUGUAUGUGGUACAGUGACUCUAACAUUGAGAGGUACCGCAAUGGCCUGAGCUGCUGUGUGCUGCAUGGACUCCCCAGUGUGGUAGAGAAAUUGUUCCCUCGUGGUCCCCUGACACCCACCAAUGUGGAGGAAGCCCAGUCCUGACAUGUCA